AUGUCAACACAAACAGGAUUUGAUCUCAACAAGUAUUUGGGACGGGGACCGUCUACAAAGAAAACAGAAGAAGUUGUGAAAUAUAAUGAGCGUCGAUUCAACCAAGCGGCACUUUUUUAUGGAUGUGUAAUAUUGACAUAUCUAUCCUCGAAAAUAGCAUAUAGAGGAGUUGUCAAACGCAGAUAUAAUCCCACAUUUUUUCAACACAAUAAUCUUCCGCCAAGAACUUCCUUUUAUAAAGAUGCUUUAUGUGCUUUAGGAGAUGCAACAAUGCUUGCAGUAACAUCCAUGGCUACCUUUACUACCGGAACAUUCUGGUACUUUGACAUCUCCAACUUGCACGAAUUUGGAUACAAGAUGAGGAAUUGGCUUGGGGGAAAAGAGUCCGAGGAAAGACUACGGAGCAUGCCUGAAGACAAGGAGACGGAGGAGAUGGGAAAGAAAUUGACUGAAUUUAUUAACAACGACAAAAAGUAA